UGCUUUGGGGUGAUGAGAGCUUUUCUGACCAUUCUGUGUCAGUCUUCAAACUUAGGUUACGAUCAUCAUACCAUAGAAGUUAUCACUUCUUUGUCGUGAUGAUGGAUCCAUAUCUUGUGGAAGAAAGCACCCCGUUUCGGUUGGCACCAGCACUCGAAGAUCUGGCUAAGACCCUCGGAGAAGAUGCGAUUCAUCACGACUAUAUGAUGGCUUUGGUGAUUGCGAUCAUGGCAGAAGCUAGAUUUUAUGUGACGGUCUCGCCAGGAUCACGAAUCGACAGUACUAAGUGUUCAAGAAGGACUUUGGCAACACCAGAGUCCUGCAAGAGAUCGCCGGUAACGGGAAACUACAAUAUAAAGUUUUCACUCUGUCCAGGCUCACCCGAAAGCGAAAGCAAAUGCAAGCUUGUCGCCAUACCGUCUGGCGAUAUAUUGGUAGUGAAUCUGAUUCUAGAACAGCGGGAAACCGUGAUUGGUAGACGGAGCUUCAACAUUGCUGUUCAGACAGUGAAAUACGUGAACGUUUACUCCUCCGAUCUGGCUGGUCGUUACCUGAACUUGAAGGAAUUUUCAUUCAGAUAUAAGAAUGCCAUCAGCACACCAGCGAUUUGCGAAAUUCUCUCGGCAGCGGGUCUUCCGAAUCCGAAUCUCUCCGGACUUCCGGCUGAAAUCAUACUCAGGAUACUGUCAAUGCUCGACACACGCUCGCUAUCCAGGAUGCAGCGGACCUCCAGAGUUUUUCGAGAACUUGCUGGGGAUCCGAAGCUGUGGCAGAACCGAUCCCGUCAGUUGAUAAAUAAUUGUAGAUCCAUUCCCGUAAUGUUUUCUGGUUAUCCGUAUUUCAUUAAUUGUAAGCCUCGUAAGCGGCAUUGGUGGAUGUACUUUCGAUGAGUCAUCCGAAUUCCUGUUUCCCUCAGUUUUUUUCCCUAUAAUCCCGAGUUCCUUCGUUUAAACUUACAUUAAUUCGUACUUUAUUUUCAUAUUUAUACAGUAUAGUCGUCGUAUACGAAGAGCGUCGAAGAUCUUCCCCGCCCUUUCCGUGACUGUGAUCGUUACCGUAUGCGAUGAAGAUUAAACCAGUUUUAAGAUGACUGUAAAAUUUUCCCAAAAAAGGAAUUGUUAUUUAUAUUUUUAUGUCAAAAACCAGAA